AUGACACACUCGUCUGCUCUCGGGCUGGUGUGCGAGCUUCUCAAACAGGAAACAGGAGUCAGCACGGCUGGCAGGUCCAGCAUACAGGCAGCCUUCAUUUCCCAUGAUGCUUUGUUUCAGCAGAUUGUGACCCUCGAGGAAAGCAAUCUCUGGUCUAAUGGUUCACUGUUAACCUCAAAUAUUGCCUGUUCUCUCUGUCUCUGCAGAUUCUUCCUUAAGUUUUUCCUCAAGUGCAACCAGAACUGUCUAAAGAAUGCAGGAAACCCACGAGACAUGAGGAGGUUCCAGGUCGUCGUCUCCACUACGGUCAACGUGGACGGUCACGUGCUGGCGGUGUCAGACAACAUGUUCGUCCACAACAACUCCAAACAUGGCCGCCGUGCCCGACGUCUGGACCCCUCUGAAGCAGCCACGCCCUGCAUCAAAGCCAUCAGCCCGAGCGAGGGCUGGACGACCGGCGGCGCCACCGUCAUCCUCAUCGGGGACAACUUCUUCGACGGUCUGCAGGUCGUCUUCGGCACCAUGCUGGUGUGGAGCGAGCUGAUUACCCCUCACGCCAUCCGGGUCCAGACGCCCCCUCGGCACAUCCCCGGGGUCGUGGAGGUCACGCUGUCCUACAAAUCCAAACAGUUCUGCAAAGGAGCACCGGGACGUUUCGUCUACACCGCCUUGAACGAGCCGACCAUCGACUACGGCUUCCAGAGGCUACAGAAGGUCAUCCCUCGCCACCCCGGAGACCCCGAGAGGUUACCUAAGGAGGUGCUGUUGAAGCGAGCAGCCGACCUGGUGGAGGCUCUGUACGGGAUGCCGCACAACAACCAGGAGAUCAUCCUGAAGCGGGCAGCCGACCUCACCGAGGCGCUCUACAGUGUCCCCCGCAGUCACAACCAGCUGCCGUCUCUCACCGGCUCGGCCGCUCACUCGGGGAUGAUGGGCGUGAACUCGUUCAGCAGUCAGCUCGCCGUCAACAUCUCCGAGGCCUCGCAGGCCGACCAGGCCAUGGCAGGUCUCAUCGUCCCGCCCAUGUGAGGAGGACACCGCCAGACCCCCGCCCCCUCCCCAUGAACCCCCCCAGCGCUGAUGGCCCCGCCCACCUGAAAUACGCCAGCGAUAAAAUCCUUCCCAUCAUCCCCCAGAAUAUAUCACUGCACCAGGAGACUCUCCGUCGAUUCAUUCGCCGCCUGUGGGACGACCUAGCACUGACGGCUGCGGCUNNNCGCAGACGUUCCAACGGGAAGCGGACGUCUGCGGCGGCUCCACGUGGAGGUCAAAGGUCAGCGGCGUGAAGAGUGGACUGUGGGUGGGAGGGAAGGCGAGUUAUGAAACAGUCUGUGUAGACCAGAACAGGUCUCAGAUCAGUUUGAACCACUGUGAGACAGGAAGGAGGCGUGUCCACCGGGAGCUUCUGCAAAGGGUUCGAUCUGAUUGGACAGUAAGCCAAUAUUGAUCAGUAGUCUUCCAUAUUUCAGCCAUUUAGUACAAACAGCCAACCAUACUCCUUCUGGAAAGUCACAUGUUUUAAUUUCUGCCUCUCCAGGUUUCCUUUAGCUUCCAAUUGUUUCCAAACAAUCAGUCUUUUCUCAAAUGGAGUUCUGAAUGGGCCUAAAACUGAGACCAGAGCCUGACGCCUGGUUUAAAAUAUGUAAACCAGACACAUCCAGUCCUGUUACGUCUGUGUAAACACAGAGCUAGCUUAAAAUACUCUCGUUAAAAUAGAUAAAAACACCAAAAGAAUUGGGUUACUAGGACAGUUAUUUCCCAGAUUCAGACACUUGACUGAUAUAUCAGUAAUAUAUGAAGAAAAGUCUCUGCAGAUUAACUUUCAUAACAAAUUCAGAUUAAUUAUCAGGAUUGUUGGAAAACCAGUAAUGUUAGCAUGUGGUUGUAAAUGGUCUAAAAUUUAAAGUUACAGUUCCAGAAAAUCUGGUUUAAAACUUUAUUUAUAACAAUAUUUGGUUAAAAACCAGCUACAAUGUGCAGUCAUAUAUUAUUUUAAUUAAAUAUUGGCUGAAGGUCACUGAUUGGUUUUCAGAAGCUCUCGGUGGACACUGAACCUGAGUCGGACCGAGUCCAGAAACCAGGAAAAAAUCUUCAAACCUUUUUUCAAAUCCAGAAACCGUUUGACGUUUUUUCCGGAUUUGACAGGUUUUCAAUCACAAAUCCCCAAAAAAUCCCCUGCCCCAGGACCAGACUCCUGAUCAAUAUCUUCUAGCGUUUUCCUUUCUGUACGAUAGCUUUUAACAAUGUUUGUCUUAUAUUCGGAGGAAAAUGCAGUAAUUUUCUAAGCUAACGGAUGAACGAACAAACGUCCUGUUACACUAACGUUUGUCUGAAUAAAGUCGAGGCAGCCCGAGUUAUUACUUUAGUUUUUUUUUAGUUACAUUUUCUGUUAAUUUUUCUCUGAUUUUUAAAAACUCCAGUACAAUAGUUCUGUUUCGCAGGUGUGUCGAGUGGUAGAUUUUAACCAGAAAAAGCUUGCAGCAGUUUUAAUCACAUUUAGGUACCAGAUUUUUCUUGUUAUUCUUCUGAUUGUGCUUAUUUUAUAUGUAUUUAUAAAGUAUGUUUUGGGGAGUUCCUUUUGUGAUUUAGGCCUGAAUGAUAGUCUCAAAUAUAUAUGUAAACACAUUUGAUGUCUUAAUACCUUUUAGAUAUUGUAAAAAGAGUGAACAAGUGAGAGGAAUUAACCCUUUUGUAAAAACAAAAAAACGUCACGACAUGGUCACCCUGUUUUUGAAAGCAGGACGUUAAAAAAAAACGCUUUCAUCACUUUUGUAUAAAAAUGCUUUUCCGAUACGAUAUUUAACUUUUUGUAAACAGCAUCAUUUGUGUUUCCCCUGGUUCUUCUCGUCCUUUGUGUAUUAUUGUGAAAUGUAUAAUCAUGGUUAUUUCUUAAUGCACUAUUUUUGUUGGGGCACUUAAUAAAGAGCAAUGCAUCUUAGCAAAAAAGAUUAAAAAAAGCUAAAAGUUUAACAAAAAAAAGAUGAAAGCUAGAACGAUAUGCACCGGUAUGUUUUUCUGCCGUUCUGAAACGGCAAAAAAAUCCUUGUCAUGUGAAAUUUUUAUAUUUCAGAAGCUUAUAACGUCAUAAUAUUCCUCCACUCUUACUUUUGGACCAAGCGUAUCUCUUGGUUUCGGUGUUUAGAAGACAAUAUUUUACCCAUCUUAAUAUUAGACCCGAUCCUAGUCUUUGUGUUUCUUGGUGAGAAUGAUUGUACGAUUUAAAAACAGGAAGCAGAUUUUAAAACCACUCCGGAUUUACUUUUAUUUUGGUCACCGAUCUCAAGGAAACUUCCAUCGAUGUUGGUGUUGUUGUUGAUGGUGCUGUUCUCGUCGUCGCACACAAUCUGGAUCAUUUACUUAUGCAACUGUGUUCCUGUUCUGUAAUGCAAGCUCAUCUUCCACGCCGCCGCUGUGGAAAAGUUUGGAAAUUAAAAAGAAGUCGCGUUUCGAUGCCUUACGAUCGACCUUCAACACAAUGUUUUCGCUUCCUUUCAGUUCGUACAUCGUCUGUUUGACUACACAAUUCGUUUUGCACCGGACGUUUUUGUCCCUCAGGUUCCCUUGAAUAAACAUAAUGUUAGCAUCAUCAGCACUUAGCCUUUUAAAUAGCAACGCCUGUUUGUUUGAGUGAAAACCUUUAAAGGUUUCAGAUUUAGGAAUAAAAAAUAAACAUACUACAACACAGUCGGGAAAAAUUAGUGACGUUAUCUCGUAAUUAUACAUCAUUUUGUUAUAAUUUAGCAUCUCAUAAUAAGAAAUUAGAAUUACAUCAUUUUAUAAUACAUUUGUUAACCAAAUUACAUGAAAACUCUCCAACAAUCUGCAUCACUAAUAAUCAUUAAGAAACAAUCUCACAAUUACAAAAUCUGUAUCAUGAAAUUGCGAGAAAAUUAGGUCAUAUUUACGUGACCCAUACCUCACCGUCUAAUAGCUCAGAAUUAUCUCACAACUCUGAAAUUAACAUGUUUUGUAUUUUAGAAUUACGAGGAAACAAUCUCACGAUUAAACAUUUUCAAGAAAAUUUGCUUAAAUUUUCAAAUCUAUUCUAACAUUAUGAAGGUCUAUAGAGACGUAUCUUAAAAGCUACAGAUCUCAACAUUAAUAUUAGAAUAUGAUUUUACAUUGAAGGAAUGAUUUUGUGCUUAAACAUGAACCAUCUUUCAUCCAUUUAACUCCUGAACAAUAAAACAUCUCUACAUUUAUUUUUAACCACAAAUCCAAGGUGAGGGCAGGAAUCUAAAGCUCAAACUUUUGACUUUAUGCAAAUCCAGCAGGACAGAAACCUUCGGUCACUGCACAGCGUCACCGGACGCCAUCGUCCUGCAGAGCGAACCGCCUCACCUCGUACAGUUCGACUCCCUCGUCUCCGUUUCAACAGCUUGCUGAUUUUAUUUCCUUUUUUUGGUCACAGUUGUAGAAAGUUUGCUUCUCACCGUCCUGGUUUUCAGCUGAGGUUUUAAAAACUGCAAAGUAUACUUUUUUCAAUGUUUUACUUCAAUGUGAAAGAGGGCAGAGGUACUGCAUCUUUGUGAAAUAUGAAAUACAGUAUAUCAUCAAAGUAUAUCAAAGCACAAUGUUUAAUUAAUGUCUUUAGAAUACGAACGGGGGCGACUCCCCCGGCUCUUUUCUUUUCCUGUCUCUGGCCAUGCUGUAAAUAGAUGCAUGUUUUUUGGGUUUUUUUGUUUGUUUUUUUCCUGUGAUCCAGUGCUUUUUGUACAGAAACAGUCUAAUAAAGAUUACAUUUGGCUUGAA